GUUAGUCCCAGAGUUUUGCUUGGCAUCGCUGGGAGAGGAGGUGCAUUGAGAGAGAGAGGGAGAGAGAGAGAAAGGUGUAGUCAGUGUGUCCCUGUCUUCCUCCAGCUAGCAGAGAGAGGACCCCUUCAUCUGAAAUAUAUUCAACUCUGGAGAGAAACCAUCCCACGGACUGACAGGCUUCUGGUUGCCCUUACCUCACAGGAGCACCCUCCUGAGUAGCUGGUAUUUACUGACAGUAGAGAGAGAGAGCACCCUCCUGAGUAGCUGGUAUUUACUGACAGUAGAGAGAGAGAGCACCCUCCUGAGUAGCUGGUAUUUACUGACAGUAGAGAGAGAGAGCACCCUCCUGACUAGCUGGUAUUUACUGACAGUAGAGAGAGAGAGAGCACCCUCCUGAGUAGCUGGUAUUUACUGACAGUAGAGAGAGAGAGAGAGCACCCUUCUGACUAGCUGGUAUUUACUGACAGUAGAGAAAGAGAGAGAGCACCCUCCUGAGUAGCUGGUAUUUACUGACAGUAGAGAGAGAGAGAGCACCCUCCUGACUAGCUGGUAUUUACUGACAGUAGAGAGAGAGAGCACCCUCCUGACUAGCUAGUAUUUACUGACAGCAUACAUGCAGGAGCAACUCUCUAACCUUUCAUUCUACAACCUCCUGAAGGGAGGAGACGUUUCUCCCAUCUUCACCAGAAGUCUUUUCAGGAGUCAGAGUGGAGAGGGAAGACCUCAGACCAGAGCUUUAAGGACAUAAAGCAGGCCGUACAGUAACAUCCAGUACCAUCUUCUAAGAGGCUCGACUGAAGAAGAGGUCUCAGAGGAGAAGAGUUCACAUUAAAACACAGGAAACACCUGAAAACAGUCCCAGGGUCACCUUCAAGAAACAGACGCAACACACACACACAGACACACAUUCCCACACACACACCCACAGGUACUUUACGGAACUCCCAAGUCCUCUUGAAGGACAACAAUCAACCAAUCGGCCAAUCAUUCAGCCAGUCGGCCAAUCAGGAUGUCUCGUUGGGGCCGUAAGGAUGUGAAGAAAACUCCUGAGGUGAUCAGGACGGUAACAGAGGGGCUAAAGUCUCUGUACCGUCAGAAGCUCCUCCCCCUGGAGCAGUACUACGGUUUCCAUGACUUCCACUCCCCCUCUCUGGAGGACGCAGACUUUGACAACAAACCCAUGGUACUGGUGGUGGGACAGUACUCCACUGGCAAGACUACGUUCAUCAAGUAUCUGUUGGAGCAGGAUAUUCCAGGAAGCAGGAUAGGACCAGAGCCGACCACCGACUGUUUCACAGCCAUCAUGCACGGCGAGGUGGAAGGGGUGAUCCCGGGCAACGCUCUCAUCGUUGACCCCAACAAACCUUUUCGCAAGCUCAACCCCUUCGGAAACACCUUCCUCAACAGGUUCCAGUGCGCCCAGCUGCCCAAUCAGGUCCUGGAGAGCAUCAGCAUCAUCGACACGCCGGGGAUCCUGUCAGGAGCGAAGCAGAGGGUGAGCCGAGGCUAUGACUUCCCAGCGGUGCUACGUUGGUUUGCGGAGCGCGUUGACCGCAUAAUACUCCUGUUCGACGCACACAAGUUGGAGAUCAGUGAUGAGUUCUCCGAGGCCAUCGGAGCGCUGCGGGGUAACGAGGACAAACUUCGUGUUGUCCUGAACAAGGCUGACAUGGUGGGAACACAACAGCUGAUGAGAAUCUACGGAGCUCUAAUGUGGUCCCUGGGCAAGGUGUUCAACACUCCAGAGGUCUUGAGGGUGUAUAUCGGGUCGUUCUGGUCCGAGCCGCUGCUGGUCGCUGAUAACCGUCGUCUGUUUGAGCUGGAAGAGGAAGAUCUGUUUAGUGACAUCCAGAAUCUUCCUCAUAAUGCAGCCCUCAGGAAACUCAAUGACCUGGUGAAGAGGGCACGACUGGUCAGGGUGCAUGCCCACAUCAUCAGCUAUCUAAAGAAGGAGAUGCCAACCUUCAGGAAGGACAAAAUGAAGAAGAACCUGAUCUACCAACUUCCUGUCAUCUUCUCCAAGAUCCAGCUGCAGCACCACAUCUCUGCUGGGGACUUCCCUGACUGCGUCAAGAUGCAGGAGCAGCUGUUGAUCCAUGACUUCACUAAGUUCAAGCCCCUGAAGCCGUCCCUGAUGGCUGCUCUGGAUGAGCUGUUGGCGUCCGACAUCGCCAAGCUCAUGCCCCUGCUACGCCAAGAGGAGAUUGACGCGGGGGUGCAGCCAGGGGUGCAAGGGGGUGCCUUCCUGGGUACCCGCGCCGGGCCCUUUGUGGAGAAUGACCCAUUCAGAGAGGUGGAGAAUGGGGGGGAGGAUGGCGAGGAAGAGGGCGAGAUGUCCUGGGUAGUGACCAAGGACAAGCCCAAAUACGACGAGAUCUUCUACAACCUGGCGCCCAACGAGGGCAAGCUGAGUGGCACCAAGGCCAAGGACUGGAUGGUGAGCACCCGGCUGCCUAACUCCGUACUGGGGAGAAUCUGGAAGCUGUCGGAUGUGGACCGGGAUGGCAUGCUGGAUGACGAGGAGUUUGCCCUGGCCAGCCACCUGAUCGAGGUGAAGUUAGAGGGGCAUGGUCUGCCCCCUGAACUGCCCGCCCGUCUGGUGCCCCCCUCCAAGCGCAGAAUGAAAGGAUCGGAUAUAUAGAGACUUUUACAUCAACCCACCCUGUGGAGCUGACAGUAUAACCCCCUGACGGCUGACACACACGCUACUGCCCCCCUCCCCACAUUGUCCUCUUGUCUCCUUGUCUUUAUGUCUGUCAGCCCCCGGGUGUAUCUCGAUAGUCUUAGGUAAGCCCCUGGGUGUAUCUCGGUAGUCUUAGGUAAGCCCCUGGGUGUAUCUCGAUAGUCUAAGGUAAGCCCCCGGGUGUAUCUCGAUAGUCUAAGGUAAGCCCCUGGGUGUAUCUCGAUAGUCUAAGGUAAGCCCCUGGGUGUAUCUCGAUAGUCUAAGGUAAGCCCCUGGGUGUAUCUCGAUAGUCUAAGGUAAGCCCCCGGGUGUAUCUCGAUAGUCUAAGGUAAGCCCCCGGGUGUAUCUCGAUAGUCUAAGGUAAGCCCCUGGGUGUAUCUCGAUAGUCUAAGGUAAGCCCCUGGGUGUAUCUCGAUAGUCUAAGGUAAGCCCCUGGGUGUAUCUCGAUAGUCUAAGGUAAGCCCCUGGGUGUAUCUCGAUAGUCUAAGGUAAGCCCCUGGGUGUAUCUCGAUAGUCUAAGGUAAGCCCCUGGGUGUAUCUCGAUAGUCUAAGGUAAGCCCCUGGGUGUAUCUCGAUAGUCUAAGGUAAGCCCCUGGGUGUAUCUCGAUAGUCUAAGGUAAGCCCCUGGGUGUAUCUCGAUAGUCUAAGGUAAGCCCCUGGGUGUAUCUCGAUAGUCUAAGGUAAGCCCCUGGGUGUAUCUCGAUAGUCUAAGGUAAGCCCCUGGGUGUAUCUCGAUAGUCUAAGGUAAGCCCCUGGGUGUAUCUCGAUAGUCUAAGGUAGCUUCCUCUGGUCGUUUCAUCUCCGGUCUUCGAGAGGGAGACAGUAAGAAAAGGAGGGGGGGAGAUACUUUACACUAUUGAAAUGCACCCCAAUUUUGUCUUAUUGGAUCUUGUGUUUAGCUGAGCUGAGGUCAAAUAAAGGCUAGUGGCCCACACUGCUCUACUCUAUUAUAUUAUACUCUACUUCUCUACUUUAUUAUACUAUAUUAUACUCUACUUCUCUACUCUAUUAUACUAUAUUAUACUUCUCUACUCUAUUAUA